CUCUAGUGCUAAUACUGGUCUGAUCGUGAGUAAAAGGAUGAUUUCUCUUGACAAAUGAUUGACAUGACUGGUCAAAAAUAGCUUAUAUCAAUAGUUAUGGAGUUUUCACAAGUAAUCUCAAUAGCAUUUUAAAAUCUAGUUUUUCUCAAUUAAUAAAACAUUCACACACAUUCUGAGAUUGAAUUGCAAUAUAAUACAAGUAAUCAUACUGUGAAAUGAUUGAACAACCUAAGUUGGCCUAUGAGAUAUGAUUAGACUCUUAACUUUUGAAUUAGGGAAAUUGGAGGGAUGACCUACCAAAGAGUUAUGUAUGGAUAAG